AUGGGAGAGUCCCAAUCACAAGAUUCCAAAAAAAGGGCAGUGUAUGAAGCAUGGACGCAGGAACAAAGUGAUGCCUUGUUACGAAUUCUGGCUGAAUCUGCAACUAGGGGAUGGCGCGAUAAUAGUGGUAUAUUUAGCAAAGCAACAGUAGAGGAAAGGAUAUUGCCUGUUCUCAAUGAAAAACUUAGGUCCAAUAAAAAUUAUAAUCACUACCAAAGUCAUAUCAAAUGGUCUAAGAGCCGUUGGAAUGCGUAUUCAACACUCUUGAAGUUUAACUCUGGUUUUGGUUAUGACAACGACACCAAAAAAUUCACGGCCCCAGAUGAAGUAUGGGAUGCGUAUAUAGAGGCUCACCCAAAAGAUGCAUACUUACGCACUGGGAGUUUUUCGGAUUAUGAUGAAUUGAGGCUUGCUGUUGGAAACGGUGUAGCUGUAGGAAGAAACGCAAUUGGAGUGGGCAGUGCUACUGAUGCUAGGACAAUAGGAGUUGAUGAAAGUAGAGGUCCGCUCAUAGAGGAGUUGAAUUACGAUGCUGCUAAUGAGGCGUUUGUAGUACUGGGUGAAGAUGAUCCACCGUUAUCCGGCUCCAAAUCACCUUUGGAGUCCACUCAGAGAAGAGCUCCCGCCAAAAGAAGCAGAGGCCAGUUUGAGACAAAUUCAGGCCACACUGAAAAUAGUUCGCAUCAGGAGCUCAUGGUAGAAAUUAAAAAAGUCACUAGCACAAUGGAUCGAGUUGAAAGCCUCUUCGUGAAACGAGAUACUACGCUGGAGAGAAGAGAAAAGGAAAAAAGUUUUACAACUUGGGAUGCUAUCUUAGAAAUUGCUGAUUUGAGUGAAGAUGACCGCUACACAACAUUUGACUUGCUUGUUACAAAGUCACAAAAAGAUGGAUUUAUGAAAAUGACUGUUCCUGAACGCAAAAGAUGGAUAGAAUUCAAGACUAGGAAAUAG